AAGAGAUAAGGGGAGGGUGAAAGAGGUCUGUCAGUAGGCCUGGCCAGCCCGUCUGUCAGUCUUCAAGGGAGGGUGACUGACACGAGUCCAUCAGCCAGUCGUCAGUUCACCUACCAGCUGGUCACAAAGUAACUGCUACUAUUACUAACACUUCUGCUACAACAGUCCGUGGUCAGCAUGGCGAGGGCAACCAAGCGUACGAGUGUCCUGCUUGGGGCACUGGCGGCGGUGUUCGUCAUCAUCAUCGUCAUCCUCUGCAUCGUGCCCAAGGCUGGAUCGCCCGGACAUGAAAGCUUGGCGGAGCAAGCAAAAUCGGGUGAAAGGACGGACGUAUUGACAGACACCUCCACGACCUCUACGACGACGACCACGACGACAACAACGACUACUACUACUCCUGCUCCACCACCACCACCACCAACAACAACAACAGAAUCAGUAACAACCACUGCUACUACACCUACUACUACUCCUGCUACCACUGAAAAGACUACUACUACUACUGCUGCUACUACUCGCACUCCUCUUCCUCCUUCUACUAUUGCUACUACUGCUACUACUACUGACGACUCCUUGUUCCCUAUCACCACCACCGAAUCAUCACCACCAACCACCACCACCAACGACACUGAUUAUUAUGAUGACUAUGACAAUGACAUCACUGUGCAUGACUCUACCACCGUCACUACUCUGUCCACCACUGAGGACUCUACUAAUGACACUCUGUCCACCACUGAUGACUCUACUAAUGACACUCUGUCCACCACUGAUGACUCUACCACCGUCACUACUCUGUUCACCACUGAUGACUCUACUAACGAAACUACUCUGUCCACCACUGAUGACUCUACUAACGACACUACUCUGUUCACCACUGAUGACUCUACUAACGACACUACUCUGUUCACCACUGAUGACUAUACCACCGUCACUACUCUACCUACCACUGAUGACUAUACCACCGUCACUACUCUGUUCACUACUGAUGACUCUACUAACGACACUACUCUGUCCACCACUGAUGACUCUACUAACGACACUAUUCUAUUCACCACUGAUGACUCUACUAACGACACUACUCUGUUCACCACUGAUGACUAUACCACCGUCACUACUCUGUCCACCACUGAUGACUCUACUAAUGACACUACUCAACUCACCACUGAUGAUUAUGACGGGACCACCACUAACACCACCGAGACAACCGUACUAUCAACCACCAUUGAACAACCCACUACUAUCACUACUUCUACUACUACUACUACUACUACUACUACUCCUAGUACCACUACCCUUCCUGCCGCCACUGCUACAAGCCCGGAGGAGGACAAAAAGCACUGUGAGACGCCCGCUUGCAAGACCCUGGCCUCCAACAUGCUCGCCACGAUGGACCAUACAGGGAAUGUCGACAUAUGUGAGGACUUCUACCAGUACGCCUGUGGUGGCUUGAUGCAGAACCCAUUCCUGCACGCCCGGGACCCAGAAGUCAUCGCCCGGAAUCUGAUCAAAGAGGAGCUGGACACAACAGACCCAGAUGAGGGUUCCGCCCUGGGCAAAAUGAGGAUCUUCUACGACAGCUGCCUCGGUGCGGUGGACCAGGACGCGACCCAGGGCUGGCAGGCGGCUAUGCAGGAGGUCUUUGGGCGGGACUGUUUUGACUGGAGCUCACCGUCUGCCAUGGCGCCCCUGAACCUCACCCUGGUCUUGGCCAAACUGAUGCUGCACGACUUCACUCCAUUCUUCGACGUGGACGUGGACGUCAACCAUGAAGACAACCAGAACUUCUUCGUGACGCUGAGCCCCGCCCUCCCCGGCUCCCCUUUCAGCGAUGACCUGGCGCGGCGGGUGUGUCUGGCGGCCCACCACAGGAGGCUGGAAGACCUGGUGGGCGGGGAUUCUGUUGACCUUAACGAGGAAUACUCCGUCAACUUCACCGAGUGUGUG